AUGUAUUCACGACCAGUGAUAAUCACCGCCUUGACGGCUUUGGUAGCACAGGCCGCAGCACAGUCUUCCAUCGCUGCAGCAUCCUGCUCACCUACUUUGACCGCCAGCUAUGCAGCACCAUCUGUUGCCGAGGGAUAUGUGGCUCGGCUGAUUGCUCAGAACCUCACCACACCGCGCGGCAUCAUAUUCGACAGCCAAGGGACGUUACUAGUCGUCGAGCAGAGUUCUGGCAUUGUUGCUCUCAACAUCGUCGACUCUGGUAAGGGCUGCUUAAGCGUUGGUAGCCGAAAGACGGUCAUCAACGAUACGACAUUGAACCACGGCAUUGCAUUGUCCAGCAAUGGCUCAACUCUGUAUGCCUCCAGUUCGGAGGCGGUUUACAGCUGGGACUACUCGGCACAAUCGCAGACGAACACUUCAGCACCGAGGGUCCUGGUCACGAACAUGACCGGCUCGGAUCAUACUACCCGGACUCUGCUUCUCCCACAGCAUGCACCAGGACUUUUGGUCGUCACGAGAGGAAGUACCUCCAACUUGGACGCCGAAGCCGAGGAUAUCAAUACCGGUCACAGCCAGGUGAAAGCUUUCAAUCUCAACAACAUGACUAGGCCGUACGACUUCAACGCUGACGGUCUCUUGCUUGGGUGGGGUCUGAGGAACGAGGUAGGCAUUGACGAGGAGCCUAUCACUGGUGGCAUAUAUGGCGUCGAGAACAGUGUAGACGAGAUGACACGCCAGGGACAGGACAUCCACCAAGACAAUCCUGGCGAGGAAAUGAACUUUCUCGGUUACCUGAACGGUACUGCUUCACCGAAUCAAGGCAGGAACUUUGGUUAUCCUGACUGCUAUUCCGCAUGGAAGCCCAGCGACGUCCCGGACUUCAAUGGCACCGUUGGCACCCAGUUCGCGAUUGGUGAUCUGAACAACACGCUGAACGACACCACUUGUGAUGCUGCAAACCGCGUGGCACCUCGCCUGACUUUCCAAGCUCAUAUGGCGCCACUCGAUAUCUUAUUCAACACUGCUGGUACAGCCGCCUGGGUCACUUUCCACGGCUCUUGGGAUCGCACAGAUCCUGUUGGCUACAAGCUCUCGGUCAUCGAAUUCGCCAACGGCCAACCUGUAGAGCCCGCCAACAGUAGUACGGCAGCUGUAGAUAUCGUCACCAAUGCUGACAACAGCAAAUGCCCCGGCGGAUGCUUCAGGCCUGUGGGACUGGCGUGGGAUAAGUCAGGAAGGCUUUUCAUGUCGUCAGAUGCUACAGGGGAGGUUUAUGCUAUUCUGCGAAACGACGACAACUCCACUGCCUCUGUUGGAAGCAAUGCUACAGGCACUAUUCCUGCGCAAGCAAGUGGAAGUUCGGGGAUUGGGACAGGUAGUAGUGCUUCAGCCAGCUCACAGAGCUUGGCGAGUACGACUGGUGUCAGUGCUAUAGCACUAUUUGUAGCACUGUUGGCAUUGGUCGUGUAA